AUGCCGUGGCGUCAGGAACAUUGCAGCGGCUUGUGGCGGUCGGAGGACAUGAUCCGCGUCAACAUUAUCCUUCAGCGAGAGGUUCUGUAUGACACCAUGUAUGAAGUUGGCAUGCUGGGCCGCGUGCAGUUCCUCGACAUGAACGAGGGGAUUACGACGUUUGCCAGGCCGUUCACGGAAGAGCUGCGCCGCUGCGAGGAGCUGCAGCGCAAACUUCACUUCAUCGAGGAGUCGAUGCGCAAGGACGCGGACUUGCUGGACAGGUACCCCGGGGACGUGAACAUGAGCGCCACCGUGGAAGAGAUGCGGUCCUCUUUGCUGCGGGGGCAAAUGCACAUGAUUGACGACCGCAUCGAGUCGACCGUGAACGAGUUGACCGCAAUGCUCACGUCGCUCGAAGGGUUCCAGCACGAGAUGAACCAGAACCAGGAGAUGACUCUGCUCUACUACAAGUACAGGCUCUUGGUGGAGACACCGUCCGACAUGACGAUGGGCAACAGCAGCUUCGCCCACCAAAGCGCUGCCGUCAGCUCGGAGGCGUUCUCCCGGCUAGCCAGCCUCUUCGGCUUCAUUGACUCAAAACUCAGCGAGGAGCUCUACCGCCUCUGCUACCGCAUCACCCGUGGCAACGCCAUCGUCGAGAUCAGUAGCGAGCCGGCCAUGUUCGUCGACGUCCAGACCGGCGAGCGCAACGUGGCCAAGACGCCAUUCGUGGUGUUGUGCUCCUCUCCGACGAUGAUCGUCCGCUUAAAGAAGCUCAUGAUUGGGCUCGGCGCCGGCGUUUACACCCUGGACGAGGUGCAGAGUCGCGGCAUCGAGCUCACCACAUCGACCACCGCCCACGACGUCGAGGAAACCAUCGAGGGGGUUGAGCGGCGCAAGCGCGAUGUGCUGACGCAGUGGUACGAAGAGCAUCGGCUGUACAAGACAUACCUAAAGGUGGAGAAGGUGGUGCUGACGGCAAUGAACAUGUGUGCCAUGUCCGGCUCCACCUGCACGGCCUCCGCGUGGGUACCACUGCGUCACGAGCAGUCCCUUCGCCGUGCGCUGCAAGAUGCCGUCGCCUCGGCAAACGGCAGCGUCGAGUCCAUAGUGACGCUCCACGCCGAGCAGCAACACCCGCCGACGUUUUUCGAGACUAACCGCUUUACCGAGUCGUUCCAGGGAAUUGUCGACAGCUACGGCAUGGCACGUUACAAGGAGGUGAACCCCGGCGUGUUUACCAUCAUCACGUUCCCGUACCUGUUCGGCAUCAUGUACGGCGACAUUGGCCACGGCUUUCUGCUGCUCUUCAUCGCCCUCUUCUUCAUCAGCAAAGAAAAGGCCUGGCGGACGGCGCAGCUCAACGAGAUAGUCGCCAUGGUGUUCGGUGGGCGCUACCUGUUGCUGCUCAUGUCCCUCUUUGCCAUCUACAUGGGCGUCCUCUACAACGACUUCUUUGGUUUUUCCCUGAACCUCUUUUCCAGCGGUUACACGUGGGCCCCAAUCUCGGAGCAGAAGGGCACCACCUACCCGACGAUGCCGAGCGGGCGGCCAAGUGUGAAGCCCCCGCACGUUUAUGCGAUGGGUCUGGAUGCGGCAUGGGCCGAGACGGACAACAAGCUGGAGUUCUACAACUCUGUGAAGAUGAAGCACGCUGUCAUUGUCGGCGUGGCGCAGAUGUUCGCUGGCCUCUUUCUCUCGCUCAACAACAGCAUCUACGAGAAAAACUGGUACAAGAUCGCCUUUUUGUUUGUGCCCGAGUUCGUUUUCCUACUGUGCACCUUUGGAUACAUGUCGAUCCUCAUCAUGGUGAAGUGGUGCCGCACCUGGGAGAACACGAACAAGGCGCCGAGCAUUCUGGAGAUCAUGACGAACUUUUUUCUGCAGCCUGGCUCGGUGCCGAACCCGCUCUUCAGUGGACAGGCCGGGCUGCAGGUGUUCCUGCUCCUCGCGGCUUCUUCGAUGGUUCCCUUCAUGCUGCUGGGAAUGCCAUACAUCGAGAUGCGGGACUACAAGCGGUGGCAGCAGCGCCGACAAGUUGGUGGCAGCCGCCGCCGCCACGGCGGAGCGCAGCGGGCCAGCGUGGCCACAAUCGAAGCCUCCGAUUACACGGACGCCUUCUUGAAUGAACCGUCGGCGUCGCUGCAGCCUCAGCCGGCCAACUACAGCGGUGACGACAGCGCGCACCGCAAUUUGAUGAGCGACGACGACGACGCAUCGAACAUCUUCGGUGACGACAACAUGCAUCCCUUUGGCGUGUCUUCAGCAAACAGUGAAGACGGUGCCACAGCCACGGUGAUCGAGCGCGAAAACGAGAAAUUCGAGCACUUUGAUGUCUCGGAGUUGCUCAUCCACUAUGUGAUUCACACCAUCGAGUAUGUGCUGAGCAGCGUGUCUAACACCGCCUCGUACCUGCGUCUGUGGGCGUUGUCGCUCGCCCACGCGCAGCUGUCCGAGGUUUUCUUCAGCUUCACGGUUACCAAAACGCUCGACAUCGACAACAACUCUGGCUUCGUGAUUGCCAUUGGGGUGUUGUUAUGGCUUGGCGCGACACUCGGUGUGCUGGUGGGCAUGGAGGCGCUGUCGGCAUUUUUGCAUGCCCUGCGUCUGCACUGGGUGGAGUUCCAGAACAAGUUCUACGCCGGCGACGGACGGGCGUUCGACCCGAUGGACCUGAUAAGCCUUAACAUGCAGAACUGA